CAAAGUCUCACAACAAGACUUUUCCAGUAUAACACAAUGCAUUAUUUUGAAUAUUUGAUGGUACAAAAUAAAAAUAUUUUUAAAUGAGUGAUAUAACAUAUAAUACAGUUUUAGAUUAAAAUCAUUUACAUCUAGAAAGAGCAGAUCUUAAGAAAGUAUUUUUCCAAAAGUGGAAGCUAUAUUUCAGAUAUUUUACAUAACAAAGAAACAGUCUACCAAAACUAUUGAGUUAUCAAUAUAUUACUCACAAGUGGAAAACCAAAAUGGAAACAAAAGCGAUGACCAUUGUUCCUAAAUUUAUAAAAAACUCAGUAGACAUUUUAGGAGCAAUUAAUGAUGUAUACGAUACAUUGCAAUUGAUUGGUAUAAUCCCAGAUGAAAACAUGCAAAAAAUGGAAGAAAUUCUUACAGCUGUAGAAAAAAAUUACGAUGCUAUUGAAAACGUGGGCAAGAAAGUUGACAGAAAUUUUGCCGUGACAGUGGCUAUUCACAACGUGGUUACCAAAACCCUAUCAGUUCUAGAAAAGAUGAGGUGGGAAAUGCUACAAGGUUUUGAGAAAGUUUUUAAUAGUCUACAAGAAUUAAAAACAGAAGAUAAAAUCUCAAAUUUGGUAAACUUUAUUGAAGACUUUAACAGGAAUGUUGAGAUGCUGAUCACACUAUCCCCUGAAGAGCGAGUGGCGAAGUUAGAUGGAAAUGAUGGGAUUUUAAAACAGUUAAACAAAGCGGUGGAUACAAAAGGAAUUUUAGAUAGUAACCUAAAUCAUAUUAUUAAUGAAAAGCUAGCAAUUCCAAAACAUAAAAACGAUGAUAGCGCAUUUGCUGCAUUGAAUAUUUUGUACUAUGGUGUCCAAACGUAUGUUUCAGUUUUAUGUUUUAAUCUCAAGCAAUAUUGUUAUCUUAUAGAUUAUUAUUACAAGAACGGCAAUGUCUAUAAAUAUAACGAGUCUUUUGACCGGCUACAAUCAUCUUUCUACCACAUUAAACACAGACUUAUAAGUACUCCAGGUAAAGUGCAACUAAUUGGGAAAGUAAAAGAUAUUCUGAAGCAAGUUGCAGAGUUACGAUUUGUCCGAAAUCAGGCUAAUGAUGUAUUCAUUCUUUUGGAGCAACGCAUACCCUAUUUAGAUGCAAUAUCAGAAAACGUCAUAAACCUCAUUUUACCCAUCGAUAUUUAUCAACCAAAUAAGCUACUAUCAAGUCCAAAUUUUGAAAACUCUAAAAUAGAAACGCCUAUAAAUGGAUGGAUUUCCAAUAAUACAGUCAGGUACGCUUUGCAAUUUGAACACAAUAAUACCUAUUCCAAAAUAGGUGAUUGGUCUGAACCAGUGACGAUUCAAGAUAAGGCUUGUCCACUUCUUAACAUUCCAGUCGAUUUUAAAAGAAGAACUCGAAUUGUUUUUAGAAAAUUUAACGAUGAUAUGCCUGAAUUUGUAGGAAAAAUUAAUGAGAAGUAUUUAACGACUUUUAGAGACAUUAAUAGGGACAUUUAUAAUGCAGCUAUGGAUUCAAAUGAAGAACUAGCUAUAGACAAAAUUAAACUUCUGAUGAAGAAUGGAGGUGCCAUAAAUGAAACCUUUGAAGAUAAUAGACAACCAAUUCAUGCAGCGGCUCAAGUCGGUAAUAUUGAAGUUAUUAAAUUUUUACUAAACCAUAAAAACGUGAGCGUUAAUAUUCAAGAUGGUUAUGGUUAUACUCCGAUAUAUAUAGCAGCCGAAGCUGGGUACUACAAUUUGGUUCAGUUUUUAAUAGAUUCUCAUGCUAACGUUAACGUCAAGACUAAGCUUAAAAAAUUUACUCCGUUACAUAUAGCUGGUUAUAAUGGAGAUGAAAAAACUCUUAAGGUUUUAUUAAAGUCUGAGGAAACAAGUAUAAAUGUAGUGGAUGAAGAGGGGUUUUCCCCCCUUCAUAGUGCAGUAUUUGGUGGUAUACAUGUGGUAAAGUCUUUGUUGUCGAGUAAUAAAACAAUGAUUAAUGAUAAAUCGAAAGCCAAUUUGACCGCUCUACAUUUGGCUGCUAUUAACAACUAUGACGAUGUGACAGAUAUGUUAAUAAAUAAUCCCGACAUUCAAGUAAACUGUGAGACGGACGGGAACUUUACACCUCUACAUUUUGCUGCAUCUUUGGGAAAUUUAAGAACUGUUCAAGUUUUAUUGAAACAUAAAAAUAUUGAUGUUAAUGCAAAAACUAUCGAUAACUUAACAGCGCUGCAUUUGGCAAUUUCAUCUAAAAGCAAUGAUGUCGUUCUAGAACUUUUAAAAAAUGAUAAGAUCGAUGUGAAUAUAAAAUCAAGCACAAAUGUUACAGUUCUUCAUCUGGCAGCGGUACGUAAUGAACAUGAAAUUAUUGUAAAAUUAAUCAAAAAAGGAGUACUGCUGGAAGAACGGACUCAAAAUGAUCUCACAUCUUUGCAAUUAACUGCGAUACACAAUAUAGAAAAUGCUUUUAAUGUUUUGAUCGAUAAUGGGGCAGAUAUUAAUUCUUUAACAAAUGGUUCAUCCGUAUUGCACUUAGCAUCCCAAUACGGCCAUGUUAAUAUAACUAGAACUUUAUUUAAGAAAUGUGCCAAUUUUAGACAGUACGAUAAUUCAGGACUAUUACCGAUUCACGUAGCUGCGUUUUAUGGCAAAAUUCCUGUGUUGGACAUCAUAUUAGAAGAAUUCCCAGAUAUCGUUGACAUCGUGAGUGGUGAUAAAACUAAACUUUCGUCUUCUUUACAUUUGGCAUCGGAAAAAGGAUAUAUUGAUGUCAUUCGAUAUUUAGUAGAGAAAAAGGGUGCCAAUGUAAAUAUACUAAACGCAAACUGGGAGUCACCAAUGCUGGUAGCUGCUAAUAAGGGAUAUUUUGAUGUUGUAAAAUACUUUUUUGAUAGAGAAGGAACAAACAUUAAUCAAAACAAUAUAUAUGGUGAAUGUCUUUUGCAUUUGGCAUGUCUGUCAGGAAGUUUAGAUUUCGUCGAUUAUAUUAUACCAGCAUAUAACGUAACUUCUCAAAGAAAUUCUUUCGAGGAUUCGUCAUUGCAUUAUGCAGCUUUAUCAGGUAACUUAGAUUUGGUAAAAUAUAUAAUUGAUAAAGGAGUUAAUGCAAACACAGAAAAUAGAGGAUUUUACACUCCCCUAACAUACGCAACUUGGUACAACCAUAUGCAUAUUGUUAAAUACUUGGAAACCAAGAAGCCUGAGUAUAUGACCGAUCGAGCAAUAGGGAAUAUUCUUAAAGCGGCAUCAUUAUCAGGUGAUCUGGAAAUGGUAAACUAUAUUUUCAACAGAUAUGGCUUUAACGAAUAUGCUUUCGCAUGUGCUGCUGAUUAUGGAUUUUUAAAUAUAGUUAAGUUCUACAUACAAAAAAAUAGUAGUCUACAAUUUCAUUACAACUCUCUUCCAAUCCUUCAUCGAGCGUCCAGAUCAGGAAAUCUUGAGCUGGUAAAAUACUUAAUCGAAAAGAAAAAUGUGCCAAUUAAUACAGAAUUUUCGAUAAUCAGAUUGACACCUCUUAGUUUGGCUAUUUUAUCAGGAAACCUGGAUCUUGUUAAAUAUUUUACAGAAGAGAAGAAUGUUACCAUUCACAAUCCGUAUCGAUAUACCUUAUCUUCGCUGAGCUUGGCUGUUGCUUCAGGAAAUUUGGAAAUGGUUAAAUAUUUUUUUGAAGAAAAGAAAGUUUCCGUGCAGUUUUCGCACGGUUGUUCGAACGAUGAGCAAAUUAAGAGCUUAGGCACAUACCAUUCAAUUGGUGUGUACACAGAUUUAUCGCUUAAUGACUAUAUUGGAUUUUUUAAGAACGGAUUUGGAAUGCCAGCUGUUCUUGAUUGUGCUACGGGAAGAGGCUAUGUAGACAUUGUUAGAUAUUUUCUCGAUGAAGUACACGUUUCAGUUGAUUUCAACCGCCUAAUGUUUCGCGCAUUAAAGGGUAAAAGGUUGGAUAUGGUAAAAUAUUUUGUAAAUGAAAAAAAGGUUGAUAUAGACAUAAAAAAUACAGAAGGAAUGACGUUUCUAAAUGUAGGUGUCGGUGUUUUUGGAAAAUCAGUCUUCUAUGGCGCGUUAGAUCGAUUUAAUACAAAAAAAUCGAAAUCGUGUGAAAAAAAACUGACACAAAUACAAAUAAUUAAACUGAAGAAACGCUCAGUUAUUUCUGAUACAUCCAAUCGUCAACAGGUUCGAUUAAAUAACAACGUUGAAAAUUGUUAUUUUGUUACUAAAAUUAACAAUGCUCUACAGUGUAUUACUUCUUUUAUUUAUCCUAGAAUAAAAGCAAAUACUACCAGCAGAGCACAUGCUACAGAACACAGAACUUACGAUGUUAACAGCAAUCUACUGUUACUGGACCUAGUUGUUAGAAAACUGAGUGGAAAAAGGUGUAUUUUAAAGAAUAAUAUGGAAAUUUCAACAACUGAUGCUGAAGGAUGUGCCUUAAACAUCAUAGACACAGUUGAAACGAUUAUUAAUUCUUCUAGUGAUGAUUUGUUACAGGAUAUAAAUUUAGAUUUUUUUAAAAUGUAUAUAGAGAUUAAAAACUGUUUGGUUAGAGGAGAAUUGUUCAAAAUUGAAGACAUCAUCUUUUCCAAUUUGGAACAAUAUCUCCCACAAAAUACAACUAUAAGAAAUGUUCUUAAUGAAACGAUAUAUAAUGAAAUUAACAAUAUAAUAAAUAAAUCUUAAAACAUC